AUUUGAUCUUACAUACAAUACACAGAACACCAGGACUGACGAGGAAGAAAUGAGCAGCCUCUUCUCUCCCAGUGUUUCCCCAGCACAUCAAGGAGAACUGUGUCUGUAAACUGACCUGAAGUGAGUUCAGCAGCCCAGAGCAGGAGCACAGACCAGUCUAUACUGGACCUGAACCUGAACCUGAACCUGAACCUGAACCUGGACCUGAACCUGAACCUGAACCUGAACCUGGACCUGAACCUGAACCUGAACCUGGACCUGAACCUGAACCUGGACCUGACCCAGCUGUGUGUCCAUCAAAAGUGAUCGGUCAAUGGCUCGACCUAUUGACCUCAAAUAUGGACAUCAGGCUGAUGAUCACAUCAUCAGCCUGAUGUCAUCCAUCACAAGAUCCAACAUGAGAGACCAGUCUGAACCCACCUGUGUGUCCUUCAAGAGUGACCGGUCUAUGUUUCGACCUAUUGAUCUCAAAAAAGGACACCAUUUUGAUGAUCAAAGGAUCCAACAUGAUAGACCAGACUCUCCUGGACCCGAACCCAGCUGUGUGUCAUUAAAGAGUGACCGGUCUUUGUUUCGACCUGUUGACUUCAAAGAUGGACACCAGUCGAAUAAUCAAAGGAUCCAACAUGAUAGGCCAGACUCUCCUGGACCUGAACCCAGCUGUGUGUCCUUUAAGAGUGAUCGGUCUUUGUUUCGACCUAUUGACUUCAAAGAUGGACACCAGUCUAAUGAUCAAAGCAGGAUCCAUCAUGAGAGACCAGACUCAUCUAGGUCUGAACCCAGCUGUGUGUCCUUUAAGAAUGAUCGGUCUAUGUUUCGACCUAUUGACCCCAAAGAUGGACACCAUUUCCACGAUCAAAGGAUCCAAUGUGAGAGACCAUUAUACCAUGCACCCAACUGUAUAUCCAUGAAAAGUAACCACUUCAGACAGUUUUAUACCAAGAUACAAAAAAAACAUUUUACCAAACUUCAGCAGAGAUUAGACAUUCCCAUUGGUCAAUCUGUCCAGCAGCAUCAAAGACAGCUGGACUCCAUAUUUAUGCUGCUUGAGGAAAACAUUGUCAGUUUUGUGAAGAAUGAGCUGAAGAGGAUUCAGAGAGUUCUGAGGUCAGAUUCCCCAGAAUGCUUAGAGAGUCAGAGGGAGGAUGAGGAGGUGUUGCACGGUGAGGAGGAAGAGCAGAAGAGGAGCAGUAGAGAGGCGUUUCUGAAGAUCACACAACACUUCCUGAGGAGAAUGAAGCAGGUGGAGCUGGCUGACUCUCUGCAGAGCAGGACAUCUGCUGCAGUGAGCUGUAAACUUAAAGCUAACCUGAAGAAGAAGUUCACGUGUGUGUUUGAGGGGAUUGCUAAAGCAGGAAACCCAACCCCUCUGAGUCAGAUCUUCACAGAGCUCUACAUCACAGAGGGAGGGGCCGCAGAGGUUAAUGGUGAACAUGAGGUCAGACAGAUUGAAACAGCAUCCAGGAAACCAGACAGACCAGAAACAACAAUCAGACAAGAAGACAUCUUUAAAACUGGACCUGGAAGAGAUGAACCGAUCAGAACAGUGAUGACUAAGGGAGUGGCUGGCAUUGGGAAAACAGUCUUAACACAGAAGUUCGCUUUGGACUGGGCUGAAGACAAAGCCAAUCAAAACAUACAGUUCACAUUUCCAUUUACUUUCAGAGAGCUGAAUGUGCUGAAAGAGAAAAAGUACAGCUUGGUGGAACUUGUUCAUGACUUCUUUACUGAAGUAAGAGAAGCAGGAAUCUGCAAGUUUGAAGAGCUCCAGGUUUUGUUCAUCUUUGAUGGUCUGGAUGAGUGUCGACUUCCUCUGGACUUCCAAAACAAUAAGAUCUUGACAGAUGUCGAACAGUCCACCUCAGUGGAUGUGCUGCUGACAAACCUCAUCAAAGGGAAUCUGCUUCCCUCUGCCUGCCUCUGGAUAACCACAAGACCUGCAGCAGCCAAUCAGAUCCCUCCUGAGUGUGUUGACAUGGUGACAGAGGUCAGAGGAUUCACUGACCCACAGAAGGAGGAGUACUUCAGGAAGAGAUUCAGAAAUGAGGAGCAGGGCACCAGAAUCAUCUCCCACAUCAAGACAUCACGAAGCCUCCACAUCAUGUGCCACAUCCCAGUCUUCUGCUGGAUCACUGCUACAGUUCUGGAGGAUGUGAUGACAACUACAGAGGGAGGAGAGCUGCCCAAGACCCUGACUGAGAUGUACAUCCACUUCCUGGUGGUUCAGUCCAAAGUGAAGAACAUCAAGUAUGAUGGAGGAGCUGAGACAGAUCCACACUGGAGUGCAGAGAGCAGGAAGAUGAUUGGGUCUCUGGGAAAACUGGCUUAUGAACAGCUGCAGAAAGGCAACCUGAUCUUCUAUGAAUCCGACCUGACAGAGUGUGGCAUCAAUAUCAGAGCAGCCUCGGUGUACUCAGGAGUGUUCACACAAAUCUUCAGAGAAGAGAGAGGACUGUACCAGGACAAGGUGUUCUGCUUCGUCCAUCUGAGCGUUCAGGAGUUUCUGGCCGCUCUUCAUGUCCACCUGACAUUCAUCAACUCUGGUGUUAAUCUGCUGUCAGAAGAACAAUCAACCUCCCAGUGGCCUAAAGCCUUCAGAGACAAACCCAAACUGAAACAUCUCUAUCAGAGUGCUGUGGAAAAGGCCUUACAAAGUCCAAAUGGACACCUGGACUUGCUCCUCCGCUUCCUCCUGGGUCUCUCACUGCAGACCAAUCAGACUCUCCUACAAGAUCUGCUGACACAGACAGGAAGUAGCUCCCAGACCAACCAGCAAACAGCUGAGUACAUCAAGAGUAAGAUCAGUGACACUACCUCUCCAGAGAAAAUCAUCAACCUGUUCCACUGUCUGAAUGAGCUGAACGACCGUUCUCUAGUGGAGGAGAUCCAACAGUACCUGAGUUCAGGAGGUCUCUUCACAGAUGAACUUUCUCCUGCUCAGUGGUCAGCUCUGGUCUUCAUCUUACUGUCAUCAGAAAAAGAUCUGGACAUAUUUGACCUGAAGAAAUACUCCGCCACAGAGAAGACUCUUCUGUGGCUACUGCCAGUGGUCAAAGUCUCCAACAAAGCUCUCCUGAACUUGUGUAACAUCUCAGAUAGAAGCUGUGAAGCUCUGUCGUCAGCCCUCAGCUCACAGCUCUGUAGUCUGAAAGAGAUGGACCUGAGUAACAACAACCUGUGGGAUUCAGGAGUGGAGCUGCUUUCUGUCGGACUGGGGAGUCCACACUGUAGACUGGAAACCCUCAGACUGUCAGGCUGUCUGAUCACGGCAGACGGCUGUGUUUCCCUGGCCUCAGCUCUGAGCUCCAAUCCCUCCCAUCUGAGAGAACUGGACCUGAGCUACAAUCAUCCAGGAGACUCAGGAGUGAAGCUGCUGUCCGCUGUAGUGGACGAUCCACGCUAUAGACUGAACACUCUCAGGGUGGACCAUUGUGGAGAGCAGAGGUUAAAACCUGGUCUGAGGAAGUAUUUCUGUCAUCUCACACUGGACACAAACACAGUGAACAGAAACCUCAAACUGUCCGAAAACAGCAGGAAGGUGACGUGUGUGGAGGAGGAGCAGCCAUAUCCUGAUCAUUCAGAGAGAUUUGACACCUUGCCUCAGCUGCUUUGUAGAAAUGCUCUGACUGGUCGCUGUUACUGGGAGGUGGAGUGGACAGGACUGGUUCGUGUAGCAGUGACAUACAGAGGAAUCAGAAGGAGGGGAAACAGUACUGAAUGCGUGUUUGGCAGAAAUAAUCACUCCUGGAGUCUGUACUGCUUUGGUAAUGGUUUCUCUGUCUGGCACAAUAACAAAGAAACAGUCCUUCCUCUUCCUUCCUCCUACAUCUCCCUCUCCUCCUCCUCCUCCUCUGCCCAUCACAGAGUAGCAGUGUAUGUCGACUGUCCUGCGGGGACUCUGUCCUUCUACAGUGUCUCUUCUUCUGGCAAACUGACCCACCUCCACACCUUCAACACCACAUUCACAUGGCCUCUUUAUCCUGGGUUCAGGUUCCGCUCACACGGUUCCUCUGUGUCUUUGUGUUCUCUGUAGGAUGAGACAGCCUCCAACCCUGUGGUUUAAAUGUUGGUGGAGAAGGCUUCACUUUGGUUGACAUUUGGCUCACUGAUUGUGUCUUCAAUGUCACAAAUGUGAUUGUCUGAGAAAUCGUGAAAUUACUUUCUCAGGACUGAACUUGUUUUGUACAAACUGUGAUGACUUGAUUUUUUUUGUUGCCGCAGCAUCUAGUGGAGUUUAAGUAUAUUUGUUAAUGUUAAAGCUGGUGUUUGCAGUUUUCCGAAACAGCAGAAAAAAAAUGGCAGAAUUUGAAAAUACACACUCCUCCUGCAGCUCCCUCCUCUCUGUCUGAAACCCCUCCCACCAGACAGGUACAGGCUAAAGUGGGAUUAAUAACUGUGUGGCAGACCCUACGCCCUAGCCUGCGCACGUCGCCCAGGCAUGUUGCCUACGCCGCCGUGGGCCUUUAUACUUGUGCAGUGGUGUGUCUGUGUCACUCUGCAGUUACACCUCCAAAACACUUGUCAGCAGGUGGCUUUCUGUGAAGUGCUGUAGGCCUAAAGUUUAGUUGAUUCAAAACACACAUUAAACACACAUUAAACAUGGCUUAAUAGACAAUUUCAAACACAAGUACACAAACUGGCUUCACAAUAACUCGCAGCAUUCACAGACAAACACUUGUCUUUAUCCGGACACAUUUUCCCUACAAAUACAACAUGCUAACGUUAUUAGCACAUUGUAUAAAUUAGCCUAGCAGCUAGCGAUCUUUCCCUCUUCUCAUAUAAAACCAGGGACAACAUUUAACAAAGGUAACGGCACACAAUUUGGCUUCAUUACAACUCACAAGGUUCACCGACAAAAUAACUGUCUUAUACUAAACACGUUUAGCCUACAUGUGCUUUCAUCAUUUCAAGUGUUAAAGAAAUGUGUAAAUGUGUAAAAAGAAAUGUUAACACAAAAAAUAUGCAUUCUCAGGAAAGUGAAUAGAUAAUUACAUCAAAGGAUCCAUCUGGGAAUGAACCAACCAGUUACGACCACUAGGAGGUGUGUCCACAACAAUCACAAACAACAACAAACAGUGUCACAAGCUAAAAGGUGUAAAUAUGAAUUCCUACUUCUGGAAAUGUAGCAAGAAAUUAUGUAUAAGGAGUUUUAGAAUCCAGAUAAAUAAAUGAAGAUGCACAUAAACACAAAAGUUGCAUCCAAUAAUGCAGAAAACUUUAAGAAUAUAUAAGCUUACAAUAUGUGUAUGAUCACUUCUUGGAAAAUUUGUGAUAGAAUAAAAUCAUGCUUAAAAGUAUCCGAAAUUUACGAAAUAUUCUGUGUAAGCAGAGAGUACAGACUACACAUUUCAUUAAAAAAAAAUCUCAGAGGCAGGAUAUGUCUACAAUGAUGACAAAUAGCAUAAAAAACUACUAACAGCUACAUGACCCUAUUAGCCUAAAUAAUAUAAAUUAUACAAUAGAGCAAAGGAAAAUGUAAAAGGGGAAGUUUCCAGCAUGAAUACAUACAAGAAUCCUAAUAUAACAAGAACUAGUCCAUACCCAUUGAGUACAGCAUACCAUACCAUGACUUAGUCAUACCGAAAAUUAGAAAAAAAAAAACCAAACAUUGGGCCACAGGGGGAGCCACAGCGAUCAGUCACAUUUUAGCCAUUUUUAAGCAUUUUUCUGUUGUUAUAGCGCCACCCAGUUGCCAAUUAGAGUUAAAUUUCUCCAGUCACCUUGAGGCGUCCUGUUCUACAUAUCUACCAAGUUUAGUAAAAAUCGAUCAGUUUCUUCAUUUAAACAUGAGUUUCAUGUUAUAACAAUAUGUUAUCUUGUUAUUGCAUCAAAUAUUUCAUGUUAAAACAAUGUGAUUUAUCAAGUUAUAACAUGAAACAUUUCAUGUUGUAUGUCCAUGUUGUAAAAAGAUAAAUAGUAUAUUGUUAUAACAAGUAAAGUUUCUUGUUUGUCGAUCAUAAUAAUGUGAAAAUAUCUUGAUGAAUGUGAAAAAGUACUCGUGGCGAAACUUUUGUCAUUAUUAAA